AACAAAACAAAAAACUCGGCCAACUUUCAUACACGAAUUUUUAAAAAGUUUACUGGCGUAUAUAUAUAUUUCCAAGUAAAUGAAAGUCACAGAGAAUUAUUGGAUAUUAUCGUCAUAUAAUGUCAAGGUUUAAUUUUAGUGAUAUGAAACAACCAAGUACUUGUGUGUAGACGAAACCACGCCCAUUUGCCAUGCCUUUGAUGAGUGACCUAAUUCAACUAUGUAGUUAGGCUGAUAAUGCAGAAAAAAGACAUUAUUUGGAAUAAUUUCCAACGAUGGAAUUUACUCAGGAUUAAUAAUCUUGACGUAUGCCAUCAUGCCAACAGAACUAUUGUUACGGUUAGACAAUGUGUCGGGGGUUUUCUUCCCUGGUCAGACUGUAACAGGAGAAGUGACUGUGACAACCACCAAGGAGAAGACAUUCAAAGAAAUUACAGUAAAAUUUCAAGGAUUCUCAAAAGUUCACUGGACAGAGAGGAGGACUGAGAAAAGAAAUGGAAAAACAAGAACAAGAACUGUACAUUACAGAAGUUCAGAAGAAUACUAUAGCUCUUUCUAUCGAGUGUGGGGAAACGGUAUGGAAAAUCAAAUUCCAGCUGGCUUACAUAAAUUCAACUUCUCCUUUGUCCUCCCACAUAAUAUUCCUUCCUCCUUUGAAUCUGAGAUUGGCCAAGUGCGUCACCUAUGCAAAGCAAAGAUUAGUGUUCCUUGGGGAUUGGAUAAGACCUGCAUUCAGCCCUACUCUGUCAACUGCCUUUACGACUUGAACACAGACCCUAUAGCAAAGCAUCCUAUCCAGUGUAACGAGCACAAGUACCUGUGUUGCCUAUGGUGUAGGAGUGGGCCUCUGUCAAUGGUUCUUCGUGUGUCUCGCUCCGGCUACGUUCCAGGAGAGAACAUUUUGAUUAAUGCUGAGUGCUCCAACAAGACUAACAGUGUGGUGGAUUAUACUGAGGCCAAUAUUCAUCAGAUUAUGGUAUUCCAUGCAAAUGGAAAAACUAAAAGUAUAGACCGCAAAGUUGCAGAAAUAAAAAGGCCGGCAAUUCCUGAGGGUGAUGAUUACAUCUGGUCAGAGGAGAGGCUGUUAGUGCCACCAUUACCUCCCAGCAAAUUACAGUUCUGUAAUAAUAUUGAAAUAAACUAUGUGUUUAAGUUCAAGAUGAGUCCUUCAGGAUGUCAUGGCACCUUGGAUCACCGAGUUCCCCUGAUCAUCGGCUCCAUCCCUCUGCGAGAACACUUCAACAUGUUCCGGCCAGCAGCUCCUUCCCAGCCCCAGCCAUUACCAUCAACCUCAUACCCAACACCAAUGCCACCCUCAUUUCCCAGUGCCCCUGUAGGUGCUACUGCUCCUCCUGCUGGUUUCAAUGUGUCUCCAUAUAAUCCCAAUAUCCCACCUACACAGCCUGGAUAUGUGGCUCCCACAGCUCCAGUAUUUCCAGGGGUCCUGCAUUAUCCCGAUUUGCCUCCACCAUCAUAUAAUGAGUGCACGUUUGGAGCAACUGGCAUUGCGGAUGACAGUGAUGAUGAAAGUGGCGGCAGGUUUGCUCCAAAAUAUGCAUCUUAUAAUCUUUCAAUGGGUGUAUCAGUAGCUCCACCUCCAUAUAAUGAAUCAAUGCUUCCUCCUGAAAUGAAGGAUGGAAAUGCAGCUUUUGCCCCAGGUGUCAUGAGUGGACAACCAUAAUUAGUGAGAUUUGGAGGUGAAGGCAACUUUUUGUGUAGUUAAAGACAAGAGGCAGAAUUUGAAGAUGGAGGGAUAUGAAAUUUGGAGAGAAAAAUAAGAAGAAAAAGAAAACAAGACAUAAAACAAUAUCUAUUUUAUGAGUUUAAAUCCUGUCCAUACAGCUGAACCAUGUCCAUGGGUGCAAGCGAGUAAGUUGCCAUUACUAGACAUUACUAGACAGUAAUCUUGCCAGUUGCAUAGGUUUGGAUCAGAGUAGCCAUUGAAUUUUAAACCAAUCUUGCUCAGGAUACUUCUUAUUGUGCUGCUUGGACAACAAUAUAAGUAUGCUCACAGACAGUGCACAGUGAUGAGCAGAGUCUAGUUAAUGCCGCUCAAUUGUAUGGAUAGGGUUCUAGAUGUGCAUUCUGUCUUUAGUUCUGACAUUCCUGUAACAGCAUUUUGGUCUUCUUACAGGCUGAUCAUAAUAUUAAUUUUAUGCAUAUGGAUGAUUUGUACUUUUUUACAUUAACUGUAAAUCUGAGAUAGUUAUAUUGUUACUGGAUUUUUGAAGUUAAUUAUUGAAAGGAAGGUUUUCUACAUUUGUAAUGAUGAAUAUGCACACUUUGAAAUAAUAUAUUUCUUUGCUUUGGUGUAUACAAGGUGACCCUCUGCUAGAUCUUUCAUGAUUAAAAAUAAUGUAGAGAUUAUAGAAAAUUUCUAGGUCUCUGGAUUACAUUAUGUGUGAAUUUAAGAUUGAUAACCAUUAUUGAGUGCCAUGCACCCAGCUGUUCUCUAAUAAACACAGCAGCAAGGCUAGAGAUGAGUAAAGGUGCUUGUUUAAAAAUAAUUCUUCUCUCCUUAAAUAGUGGAGAAACAUUAAUCUAUUAGCAACAGGCAGAUUAUAUUUCUUCACCAGUACUAGGCAUAUUUUCUUUAACACUGAAGUUAUAUUUAAAAAGUGUAAAUAUAUGUAAAGACUCUUAACCUGUUUCUUUUAUGUAUUGGUCUCUGGUCAGAUGUCAAAACAUUACAGAGUCCGUAGACAUCGCUAGUGGAUCUAUUUUUUUUGUGAUGUUAGUAUUUGAUAAUGUGAAUGAGUAUUCUGUUUUAUUGCACUGAUAAUAGAGGUAUAGGGGUUAUCACACAAAAAUAAGUUUUUGUCUAUUUUAUAUAACCUAGUAUCAAUUCUCUAACAUAUUGUGUAUUUCCUAUCACACAGGCCUGCCUGCUUCACUCUAUACUUAUAUUUGCAAAGAACUGAAAUGUCCCUUUCAAAUCUUUCAUAGGCUUGUCUACAUUAUAACAGGCCAAGAAUUGUGAUACAUAUUUUGUAUACUGUACAUCCUCUUUUUUUUUUUUUUUUUUUUUUUUUGUAUAAAGUUUUGCAGAAGUUAGGCAAGUAAAGCUUAGAUCUGGCUCCACAAGUUCCCAAGAUACUGCCCCUUGGCCAGGUCUGAAGAGUAUUACUGUCUUUACUGUACUACUGUCUUUUAUUAUAAUCUUGAUAAUAAUAUGAGAAACACUUUAUGUCAGGACCUACCCAUUUAUAUGAUUAUAUUUUGAAGAAAAAAAGAGAAUAGUAAUAGUUUUUAAAAUAUAUGCACAAUGAUAAAAUAAAAAAAAUACAAAGUGACUCGUUGGACAUUUUUGUGAAUGUGCUCUGAUCUACAGAUUUACAGAAAUUACAUGAUUGACAUGUAGAUUGUACAUGUAAUAAUGGUACUUUACUCUCAUGUCAUAGAUAUUUAUGGAGUUUGUAGAGUUUACCAGUUGAAUAUUAUGUACUAGGUUUGUGAGUAUUUUAUCAAGUUUUGUCUUUUCUUUUUUUCAAUUUGUGAUUUUUGUUGUUGUAUUAUUAUUAAUAUAAUAAUUAUUAUUCUUUUUUUUUGCAUUGACCAUCUAAAUAUGUUAUACAUUCACUAUAAUUUUUUGUUUUAAACUUGCUUGUAAUAAUCAUCAUUGGGUUGUUUAUACAUAUGCUAUGUAUAGGUCAAUAUUUCCCAUUAUUAUUUGACUGUAAUGGGUAAAUUAACACAAUUAUUUCUUCCCUGAUCUUUUCAACAAAUACAUACCAAUCUACCUCAGCUGUGUGGACCAACACAUUAUGAUAUUCACAUUAUUAACUUUCCAGAUUUCUGAUAAGUACAAUAUUUUUGAGGAAAAACAAACAAACUAGCCUGCUGCAUAGACAAUACUGAUUUUAUCAUAAAAUGGCUUCAAAAGGAAUUUGUGUUAGCAGUUAUUGAUUAGUCUAUUUUAUAAACAAUUUUGCAACAGUUUGUAGCACAGAAGAAAACUUACAAUUUAUGAAUAUUUAUAGAUUUGUUCAUGCAAAUCAUGCUGCCAGUCAACUUUGGCAUUCUUGAUAAUUUUGAUAUGAAUUACACCAAAUAGUGCUAGAGGGUUAACUCAAAAUGUCUCAAAGUAUGAACACUUUUAAGUUUUUACUCAAUUUGUGGACAUGAAUUGUAAACCUAUAGUAUAUAUGUACAUUACAAAGUGUCUUAAGAUAACCAAAUUCCAUCCUAGCUGUCUGUAUUACUUUAACAAAAGUAGCGACAUGUGUAUUACUCCUUUGUUUUUGUUUAGGGUACCAAAAAAAAAAAAAAAAAAUAUUCUACUUCACAGAUGAUGAGUCAUGUAGAAAUUAGGGUAAUUGUCCUCUAAGUACAAAGCUACUAAUUUGCAGAAACCUACCAUACUUCCCAUAUCUCAGAUGCCAAAUUAUGCAAAAAUUGUACAGCAUACAAAAAUAAUGCAAAAGAUUAGUACUGAAAGACAUUUUGUUACUAUUGACAUUAUCUGUUAAGGUAGAUAUAUUCAUUUUUUUUCUAUAAUUAAGGACAUUUUUGUAACAGUCAUGAUGACUGUAGCUGUAUGCAUAGACAUUGUAGUUAUUUCAGAAAAUUUUAGUUAUUUUACUAAAACUGCAAUAGGGACAAUUGUCUCUUCUUUUCUUGUUUUUCCCUUCUAACAUUUAUUAGUCCCUUUUUCCCACCUAUUCAUUUAUUUACUUACAUAUUUCUCAUCUCACUUAAUGCUUUAUAUGUUAUAUUGUAUAUUUGUAUCAAAACUAUGUUAUCAGCCAGGCCUUGACUGAAUAUGUAGCUUUCAUAUGUUCACUGUAAGUUGUAGCUGAUUGUUUACAGUCAUAUUGAUAGAUAUUUCUGGUACAACUGUUUUGAUAGCAUUAUUGUAUAUUAUGAAAGAAAUAGUCCUUGAAAAUGUUUUCAUGGAUUUGAUCUUUGUAAACAGAUGAAAAUAAUUGCAUCUGAUAUGUAAGUUUUAUUCAGAUUUAUAUUCCAGAUCUAACAGUAUUUAUCAUGAAAUAAUAUAUAUUGUUUAAAUUGUGUAAUAAUUGCACAACAUUUCAUUUUCAUAGAAAUAAACUUAUUAGUAAAUUUUGCAGUCUAGUGACAAAACUAUUUUAAAUAUUUGAUUUUGAUAUAAACAGUACUUAGUUUUUACUCUGGGAGUUGUUGUUUGAAAAAUACUCUGAAUAAAAGUGCAUGCAUUAGUAUUUUACUAUAUGCAGGGGCGUCACUUAAGGUGGGGUAUGGGGGGGCUACUUAUGAAGAGCUAGUAAGCAUUUUCUUUUUCGUGAUUUGCAGGGCAAAAAUUAUUUUUUCAGGGCAAAUUUACCCGUCACCCCUCCAACUCAUAACAUGAAGUGACGCCCCUGACUAUAUGCAGUGUUUAUGAGACUAUAACUGGAUGCGAUUAUUCAUAACUCUUAAGUUUAGUGGUACUCAUUAAAAUGUAAUUUUGAAAUUAUAUACAUUAUUGACAGGAAUAGUGUAAUAUAUUUACUGUCUUUAUAUGUGUAAUAUAAAGUAUAAAUAAAAAGUUUUAUGUA